CAGAAACAUGUCCAAAGUUAUUGAAACCCAACUGCCAGUCGCUGCAACCCCAGUGGAAGCCUGUCCAGUCAAGCCAAAGCCAUGUUGUGUCUGUAAGGAUGAGAAAGCCGUCCGUGACGAGUGCUUGUUGUUCAACGGCCAGGAAAGCGGCAAGUGCGACUCCUUGAUUGAGAAAUAUAAGGUCUGUAUGAAGGGUUUCGGUUUUGAAACUCGUUAGACGAAAAGCGGAAAAGCCUGGGUUUGUUGGCACUUGAGAGGCCGCAAAAUGCUUUUAUGGUAAGUCUUGGAAGGUGUUGUAUAUAGUUCGUUUGAAUCUUUUGAGACUUUCUCAUUGUGCUAAUAGUUUAUGUCCUUCACAUU